AUGACUUUCAGUGCCUCUGCCUACUUUUGCAUUCCACUCUCCUUGGAUGAUGAGGGUAUCUGUCUUGCUGACCGUGUUUAUGAUAUUCUGGAGCCGUGUCUGUGCCAAUGUUCUGAUGUUCCAAGUCGUGAUGGCAAUGUUGUCUCUAGCUCUAAUCUUCUUAGAGGAUCCAUCAGUAGCACACUUGUCACCUCCGUCCUAAUGGACAACGACUCAUCCCGCCACGCCGCCAGCGGAACUCGGUACGUGUCCCGUACCAAACCACGUCCACGCAGAGGCGCACUUCCGUCCUCCCCUCUGUUCCUGGUUUCUUUCCGUCUUCAGACGCGUGUCUUUUCUCCCACAGACGCACACCGCGCGCGCAAAGAUGCGACCGAGCCCGAACCGCCGUCAGAAAAAUCGGAGCCGGAGCCGGAGGAGGAGGUGGACCCGUGGGACCUGCCCGAGCUCCGGGACACCGGGGUGAAAUGGUCAGAUCUCGAUACGAAGGGGAAAGUUCUGCGCGUUCUCAAGUCUAUCGUGAAGUUCAUUCUUCUGCUUGGUUUACUCUACGUGUUCGUCUGCUCUCUGGACAUCCUGAGCUCCGCUUUCCAGCUUGUAGGAGGGAAGGCAGCUGGCGAUAUCUUCCAGGACAAUGCGGUUCUGUCGAACCCUGUGGCUGGUCUGGUGAUUGGAGUCCUGGUCACUGUUCUGGUUCAAAGCUCAAGCACCUCGUCCUCCAUUGUGGUCAGCAUGGUGUCAUCUGGAUUGUUGGAGGUGAAGUCUGCAGUGCCAAUCAUCAUGGGUGCUAAUAUCGGCACUUCUGUGACAAACACCAUUGUGGCUGUGAUGCAAGCAGGAGACCGCAACGAGUUUCGCAGGGCAUUUGCUGGAGCUACAGUCCAUGACUUCUUUAACUGGCUGUCUGUCCUGGUGCUGUUGCCUCUGGAGGUGGCAUCAGGAUUCCUCUAUAGACUCACCAAACUUGUGAUUGAUUCCUUUAACAUCCAGACCGGUGCAGAUGCUCCAGACCUGUUAAAGGUCAUCACCGAACCCCUCACCAAAAACAUCAUUGAGUUGGACACCUCUGUGAUCCGUGAUAUCGCCACUGGAGACCCUGCAGCCCGAAACAAAAGUCUGAUUAAGACCUGGUGUAAAACACAAAAAGUCAUGAACCUUGUGAAUAUAACAGUCCCUGGAUUUGCAAACUGCACGCCUGACGCCCUCUGCUGGGAGGAGGACGGCCAGAUCUGGACUCAAGAGAACCAAACAGAAACGAUCAACUUGAACAAAUGUACUCACAUGUUUGUGUACGCUAAUCUACCUGACCUAGCGGUGGGCUUGAUUUUGUUGGCUCUGUCAUUGCUGGCCCUCUGCACCUGCCUGAUUCUGAUCGUCAAGCUGCUGAACUCCAUGUUGAAGGGUCAGGUGGCGGUCGUCAUCAAAAAGGUGCUCAACACAGAUUUCCCUUUCCCCUUCGCCUGGGUCACUGGAUAUCUCGCCAUGCUUGUUGGAGCCGGAAUGACCUUCAUUGUUCAGAGCAGCUCUGUCUUCACCUCAGCCAUCACUCCACUAGUCGGAAUUGGUGUCAUUAGCCUUGAAAGGGCGUAUCCACUCACUCUGGGCUCCAACAUUGGCACAACCACCACUGCUCUUCUAGCUGCUCUCGCCAGUCCUGGAGAGACACUGGCGAACUCUCUACAGAUUUCUCUCUGUCACUUCUUCUUCAACAUCAGUGGUAUCCUGCUCUGGUAUCCCAUCCCCUUCACACGAAUCCCUAUCCGAUUGGCCAAAGCUCUGGGCAACCGCACGGCCAAAUACCGCUGGUUCGCGGCGCUGUAUCUCAUCCUGUGCUUCCUCCUCUUCCCGCUGUCAGUCCUGGGCCUCUCCAUCGCGGGGUGGCAGGUCUUGGUGGGGGUCGGAGUGCCCAUGUUGGUCUUCGCGAUCUUUGUGAUCAUAGUGAACAUUAUGCAGAAACGCUGCCCGCAUUUCCUGCCAUCAUUCCUCCGCAGCUGGGACUUCCUGCCCAAACCGCUGCACUCCUUCAAACCCUGGGACAAAGUGGUGACCGCCGGCAUGACCUUCUGCAGGACUCGCUGCUGCUGCUGCUGCUGCUGCUGCAAAGAAAAAGAGAAGGAUGAAGAGAAGGAUGAAAUGAAAACCAAGGAUAAGAGUUUAGAGAUGUAUGACAACCCAGCGCUCACAAUAGAGGAUGAGGCCAAAGUAACAGCAACGCAUUUAUAAUAUUAUAAUUAUAACAAAAUGUAAGUUUUUCUGGUAAUGCACAGAAAACAGCAAAUUGGGUCCAUGUGCGACUUUGUUGUUGAUGACUUCAAAAUAUUUAAUCACUACAGUACAUUUUAAAUCUUUGCAAAAGAAUAGACUUCAAUUGAAGAGCCUGUGAAAUCAAUAUGUCCUGCCCCAACUUCCUGUUUCAACAGGAAAUACGUCUGCACAGGAAGGAGUAUUGAACUUGUCAAUCGAUUUCAUGAGGUCUUUAAGGACAAAGAAAAUGCAUCAGGUACAUUGACCACAAUAAAAUGGCAUUACAGUACAGAGAUUAAAAUCAAUCUCUAACUGUUGAUGAAGAUGUUAUUGUUGUUCUUUGUGCAUGAUUUACCAGUGGGAGGAGUCAGGGCUUUCAUAAAAGUCUGUGUUUGUAUAAUUCUUCAGUAUUUAUGUCUGAAAAUAGUAAGCAGGUAAGCAGGCCAAUGAAAAAUGCACACUCUUGGCAGUAAUUUUGCACAUUAUGUGGAACUAUGUAAAGAUGCAUUUGUAUAGGUUUUUAAAUGUUUGUAAACUCAAUUUUAGUUUUUUUUUUUCUGGUUGUAAUGUUGCAUUUUGUAAAUUUCAUGAAGAUUAAGCUUAAAAUAUUUCUCUACUCAGAUGUAAGAUAUUGUCUUUAAAUAUUUCAGAUGACAUAAGGACAUUGAAUCUGAUUUUUAUCUUUGAAAAAACAUUGUGCCAUUGAAAACCUGAUGUUUACUUCAAGACCUACUUAAGGCCAUUAAACUCUUAAUUAAUUUAUGAUUUCGUAUCCCUUUAUUGUU